CCUCGGGACCCGCUUCUUCAUGCGUAGCUACGUCUCCGCGCGUCAAUAUUUGACAGGCUUUCUUUGUCGAUCUUUUCCGCCUGUCACCUCGCAGCGGCAUUUCGCAUCUAAUACACCGCUAUCUAACUUGCGGAGAUCAUUGGAGCCAUGGACAAUAACGAAGGAAGAGCUAGCGGACCCCAAGAAGCUGAUCGCAAGCGUAAGAAGGGGGAUCUGGGAAGGGCAGAGUGGAGUCGGCAACCGCUAGAUAAGAGAGGACGGUUAGAUAAAGAGAAUGAGGCCAAACGACAGAAGAUCGAAAAUGGAGAGGAGGUCAAAGCUCCAAUCUACGCCACGCAUUUCUCCCAAGAAGACAUCGAGAAUGAACAAAGACGGCCGAAGAAGAAGGUGGCUGUACUCCUGGGAUACUCUGGAACGGGCUACAAGGGAAUGCAAUUGAGCACUACUGAGAAGACCAUCGAGGGCGAUCUCUUCGCCGCGUUUGUGGCUGCCGGGGCUAUCUCCAAGGCUAACGCAGCGGACCCGAAGAAGUCGUCGCUGGUGCGAUGCGCCCGUACAGAUAAAGGAGUCCAUGCGGCUGGUAAUGUCGUGUCGUUGAAGUUGAUUGUCGAGGAUGAGGAUAUUGUUCAGAAGAUCAACUCCCACCUUAGCCCGCAGAUCCGCGUUUGGGGCAUUCUGGUCGCGAGCAAGUCUUUCAGCAGCUAUCAGAUGUGUGACUCUCGUAUCUACGAAUAUUUGAUGCCUAGCUACUGCUUUUUGCCGCCACAUCCCAGCACUUUUCUCGGUAAAAAGAUUAGAGAGAUCGCCGAAAAGGAGGGCGAUUUGGAGGCACACAAGGCCCGACAGGUAGAGGUCGCUAAUUACUGGGAAGAGGCCGAUGCGAAAUAUAUCCAACCGGUUAUCGACAGCUUGGAUGAGGAUAUCCGCGAGGUCGUCAUGAAUGCAAUCUAUCAUGAGAAGCCUGACGAUGAAUCAUUCGAAACCGACAAGGGCGAGGAACAAGCUCAAGCCGCAGAGGGAGGAGCAGAUUCCACCACAAAGCCCGAACUCACCGAAGCCGAGCAGGCUCACAGGCGGAAGAUCAUUGAUGCAGUCAAGGCUGUGAAGGCUGCAUACAAUACCGCAAAGCGCUCUUACCGUAUUCCUCCCGCGCGCGUUGUCCGUCUGCAAGAGGCGCUGGAUAAAUACGUUGGAACUAAGAACUUCUAUAACUACACCAUCCAGAAGUUGUUCAAGGACCCCUCUGCAAAACGCCACAUUAAAUCCUUCAACGUCGACCCUAACCCGAUUAUCAUCAAUGGCACCGAGUGGCUCAGUCUUAAGGUCCACGGUCAGAGCUUCAUGAUGCACCAGAUUCGGAAAAUGGUGGCCAUGGCCACCCUUAUGGUACGCUGCGGCUGCGAUCCCAAGCGGAUCGUUGACUCUUAUGGACCAACCAAGAUCCCAAUUCCUAAGGCUCCCGGUUUGGGGCUGUUGCUGGAACGUCCCAUCUUCAAUGGCUACAGUAAAAAGGCGCAAGAGCUUGGAAAGAAGCCCAUCGACUUUCAGGAGUAUGCCACGGAAAUGAACGAGUUCAAGCAAAGAGAGAUCUAUGACCGCAUCUUCCGCGAGGAAGAGGAGACUAACGCUUUCGCUUCAUUUUUCAACCACAUCGAUCACUUCCCUCAAGAAGAAUUCCUAUACGUUACAUCCGGCGGUAUUCCAGCCGCGAAACCUGCGACUCAACCUUCGGCGGCUACGCAAGAUGCUCAGAAGGGCCGAAAGUCUCAGAAAGAGGCCCUAGCGGAGAUUGAGGAAGAAUCUGAAGAUGAGGGCAAUCUUCCCAACAAUGGAGAAGAGGGUGGUUAGAUUCUCAGCUAUAUAUGUACAUAGUAAUA